AUGAGGACUUUUUAUGAUUCUGAUAUUGUGGUAAAUUUUAUGUUAUCAGAAGAAGCAAUACUUAACGAGAAGAAAAUCGUUGAAAAUAAUAGAAUAGUAUUACGUGAUUGCCAAAAACAAAAAUUAUUAAGUGAAGGAAAAAAAAAUUGGGAUAAAUUUUAUAAUCAUUAUAAAACAAACUUUUUUAAAGAUAGAAAAUGGAUAAAAGUUGAAUUUGAUCAUAUUUUUAAAGAAAAUUUAGAAUAUAAAAAAGAAAAUAGUAACGAUACUGAACUGUUAAAAGAAAGUGAUGAUGAAAAGAAACAACAAAAAAAGUUAAUUUUAGAAAUAGGUUGUGGAGUAGGAAACUCAUUAAUUCCUCUUUUAAUAGAAUAUCAUAAUUACGAUUUUAUAGGAAUUGAUUUCUCUAAAAAUGCAAUAAAUUUUUUAAAUGAGAAAUGGAGAAAAAUCGUAAAUAUGAAUAAUAAAUUAAAAGAUGAAAAAUUAGUAAGGGAUUCAGAAGAUGUACUAAACAAUGAUUUAGAUAAUGUUAAAAAUAUAAAUAAUCAUAAAAACAAUUUAAUCAAUGAUCAUUUUAACAAUAAUGAUGUAAACAGUUAUGAUUCAAAAUAUAACUAUUACGAUGACGAUCCUUCUGAAAAGGAAAACUUAUCAGAUAUUUAUGAAUUAAAAAGUUAUAAGAAAUUAGGAAAUUUAAUUAAAACAUGUGUAGUAGACAUAACAACUGAAGAUACACCAACAUGUAUAUGUCAAUUUGAAACAGUUGAUAUUAUUUUACUCAUUUUUGUUUUAUCUUCUGUACAACCAGAUAAAAUGAAAAAUGUAAUUAAUAAUUCAUAUAAAUAUUUAAAGAAAGGAGGAUAUGUUUUAUUAAGAGAUUAUGGAUUAUAUGAUUUAGCACAAGUGAGGUUUGCUAAUAAAAAGGAAAAAAAAAUAUCAGAAAAUUUUUAUGUCAGAGGAGAUAAAACGUUUGUUUAUUUUUUUAAAAUAGAGGAGUUACAUGAUUUAUUUUGCAAAUAUGGUCUAUUUGAAGAAGUAGAAAACAAAUAUAUAACAAGAAUUGUUAAAAAUAGAAAAAGAAAUAUUGAGAUGAAAAGAAUUUGGGUACAAUCCAUUUUUAAGAAAGUGUAA